AUGUCAGGUUGGUUCGCCAUUACCAUUCGUACCGGCCUGAUCAGAGCCCUUACACCGGGCCCACACUCAUCCCUCUCCCCUCACACGGACCUACACUCCCGCGUCCGUAUCCCCCAGCUGCCACCCGCACCGCUACAAGAACAAAACCCGGUGAGAAAACUACAUGUUACCAGUGAGCGACUGUGCCUCCGCUCCCAUUGGUUGGAUGAAUCCCAAAAAGAGUCAGAAUCAGCAAAGAUGGCGGACGUGGACCCCGACACUCUGCUGGAGUGGCUGCAGAUGGGGCAGGGCGAUGAGCGGGACAUGCAGCUCAUUGCACUGGAGCAGCUGUGUAUGUUACUGCUGAUGUCUGACAACGUGGACCGCUGCUUUGAGACCUGCCCCCCUCGUACCUUCCUGCCUGCGCUCUGUAAGAUCUUCUUGGAUGAGAGCGCUCCGGACAACGUGCUGGAGGUGACGGCGAGGGCGAUCACGUACUACCUUGACGUGUCUGCAGAAUGCACCCGCAGGAUCGUGGGCGUGGAGGGCGCCAUCAAAGCUCUGUGCAACCGAUUGGUGGUGGUGGAGCUCAACAACCGCACCAGCCGCGACCUGGCCGAGCAGUGCGUCAAGGUGCUAGAGCUGAUCUGCACUCGGGAGUCCGGUGCUGUGUUUGAAGCUGGAGGCCUGAACUGUGUCUUGAGCUUCAUCAGAGACAGCGGACACCUGGUCCACAAAGACACACUGCACUCUGCCAUGGCGGUGGUGUCCCGUCUCUGCAGUAAGAUGGAGCCUCAGGACCCUUCUCUGGAGACGUGUGUGGAGAGUCUGUCCAGCCUUCUGAAGCACGAAGACCACCAGGUGUCAGACGGAGCCCUGCGCUGCUUCGCCUCUCUCGCUGACCGCUUCACUCGCCGUGGCGUGGACCCGGCUCCUCUGGCCAAACAUGGCCUUUCGGAGGAGCUGCUGUCUCGGAUGGCGGCGGCCGGUGGGGGGUCUACGGGGCCCAGCUCUGCCUGUAAACCUGGCAGAGUCUCCACAGGCGCCACGUCCUCCACUCCAGACUCCAAACUCAGUAACCAGGUGUCCACCAUCGUGAGCCUGCUGUCCACACUCUGCAGGGGGUCCCCUUUGGUCACACAUGACCUGCUCCGCUCUGCUCUCCCAGACUCCAUGGAGGCGGCUCUGGCCGGAGAUGAGCGCUGCGUCCUGGACACCAUGCGGCUGGUGGACCUUCUGCUGGUGCUGCUGUUCGAGGGCAGGAAAGCUUUGCCCAAGUCCACGGCAGGAUCCACGAGCCGCAUCCCGGGUCUGAGGAGACUGGACUCUUCUGGAGAGAGGUCCCAUCGACAGCUCAUAGACUGUAUUCGCAGCAAAGACACAGAUGCUCUCAUUGACGCCAUCGACACUGGAGCUUUUGAGGUGAACUUCAUGGACGACGUGGGACAGACGCUGCUCAACUGGGCCUCAGCGUUCGGCACACAGGAGAUGGUGGAGUUUCUGUGUGAGCGUGGAGCAGACGUGAAUCGGGGGCAGAGGUCCUCGUCAUUGCACUACGCUGCCUGCUUCGGACGGCCGCAAGUGGCAAAAACACUGCUGCGUCAUGGAGCGAACCCCGACCUCAGAGACGAAGACGGGAAAACUCCUCUGGACAAAGCCCGAGAGAGGGGCCACAGUGAAGUGGUGGCCAUCCUGCAGUCUCCAGGAGACUGGAUGUGUCCGGUGAACAAAGGAGAGGAUAAGAAAAAGAAGGAUGUGAAGGAGGAGGAGGAGAGCAGUGAGCCGCGAGGAGACCCAGAGAUGGCUCCUCUGUAUUUGAAGAGAUUGCUGCCUGUGUUUGCACACACCUUCCAACACACCAUGCUGCCUUCCAUACGGAAAGCGAGUCUGGCUCUGAUCCGGAAGAUGGUCCACUACAGCAGUGAGGUUCUCCUGAAGGAGGUUUGCGACUCUGAGGCAGGACACAACCUGCCCACAGUGUUGGUGGAGAUCACUGCCACGGUCCUGGACCAGGAGGACGACGACGAUGGACACCUACUGGCCUUACAGAUCAUCAGAGACCUGGUGGACAAAGGCGGGGACGUGUUCCUGGACCAGCUGGCUCGUCUGGGCGUCAUCAACAAAGUCUCCACUCUGGCCGGUCCCACCUCCGACGACGAAAACGAGGACGAGUCCAAGCCCGAGAAGGAGGAGGAGACCCAAGAGGACGCCCGAGAGAUCCAGCAGGGGAAGCCGUACCACUGGAGGGACUGGUCUGUGAUCCGAGGCCGCGACUGUCUCUACAUAUGGUCUGACGCUGCAGCCCUGGAACUCUCAAACGGCUCCAACGGAUGGUUUCGCUUCAUCCUGGACGGAAAACUGGCCACAAUGUAUAGCAGCGGCAGCCCCGAGGGAGGCUCCGACAGCUCAGAGUCUCGCAGUGAGUUCCUGGAGAAGCUGCAACGUGCGCGGUCCCAGGUGAAGCCGGUGACCUCUAGCCAGCCGGUGCUGUCCGCCGUGGGCCCCACCAAACUGAGCGUGGGGAACUGGUCCCUGACAUGUCUGAAGGAGGGAGAGAUUGCCAUCCAUAACUCAGACGGGCAGCAGGCCACUAUCCUGAAGGAGGACCUUCCCGGCUUUGUGUUUGAGUCCAACAGAGGGACCAAGCACUCCUUCACCGCGGAGACCUCACUGGGCUCAGAGUUUGUGACCGGCUGGACGGGGAAGCGCGGGCGGAAGCUGAAGUCGAAGCUGGAGAAGACCAAGCAGAAGGUGAAGAGCAUGGCGCGCGAGCUGUACGACGACCACUUCAAAGCUGUGGAGAGCAUGCCCCGGGGCGUCGUAGUCACUCUGAGGAACAUCUCCACUCAGCUCGAGUCCUCUUGGGAACUGCACACCAACCGCCAGCAGUGCAUCGAGGGUGAGAACACGUGGAGGGACCUGAUGAAGACUGCUCUGGAGAAUCUCAUUGUGGUUCUGAAAGACGAGAACACCAUCUCUCCGUACGAGAUGUGCAGCAGUGGACUAGUGCAGGCCUUGUUCAUCGUCCUCAACAACAGCGUGGAACUUGACCUUAAACACGAUUGUAAGCCUUUGAUGGAGAGAAUCAAUGUCUUCAAAGCUGCUUUCAGUGAAAACGAAGACGACGAGAGUCGUCCUGCUGUUGCCUUAAUUCGUAAACUCAUUGCGGUCCUGGAGUCGAUAGAACGUCUACCUCUGCACCUUUACGACACGCCCGGCUCCUCAUACAAUCUGCAGAUUCUGACCCGGAGGCUGCGGUUCCGUCUGGAGCGGGCCCCUGGAGAGACGGCUCUGAUUGACAGGACUGGACGCAUGCUGAAGAUGGAGCCACUGGCCACAGUGGAGUCUCUGGAGCAGUAUCUGCUCAAGAUGGUGGCGAAGCAGUGGUACGAUUUUGAGCGUUCGUCUUUUGUGUUUGUGAGGAAACUGAGAGAAGGACAAAGCUUCAGCUUCAGACACCAGCACGACUUUGAUGAGAACGGCCUCAUCUACUGGGUCGGCACCAACGCCAAGACUGCCUAUGAGUGGGUGAACCCUGCAGCCUAUGGCCUGGUGGUAGUGACCUCGUCGGAGGGUAGAAACCUCCCAUACGGGCGCCUGGAGGACAUCCUGUCUCGCGACAGCUCGGCGUUGAACUGUCACACCAACGACGACAAGAACGCCUGGUUUGCUGUGGACCUGGGGCUGUGGCUCGUGCCGUCUGCCUACACGCUCCGACAUGCCAGGGGCUACGGCCGCUCUGCUCUAAGGAACUGGGUGUUCCAAGUGUCGAAGGACGGUCAGAACUGGACCACUCUGUACACACACGUAGACGAUUGCAGCCUCAACGAACCUGGCUCCACAGCCACGUGGCCCCUGGACCCCGCCAAAGACGAGAAGCAGGGCUGGAGACACAUCCGCAUAAAACAGAUGGGGAAGAACGCCAGCGGACAGACUCACUACCUGAGUCUGUCUGGACUGGAGCUAUACGGGACGGUGACCGCCGUCUGCGAGGACCAGCUUGGGAAAGCAGUGAAAGAGGCAGAGGCGAACUUGCGAAGACAGAGGCGCCUGUUCCGCUCGCAGGUCAUGAAGUACAUAGUUCCUGGAGCCAGAGUUGUUAGAGGAAUUGACUGGAAGUGGAGGGACCAGGACGGGAACCCACCAGGGGAGGGAACAGUCACGGGAGAGGCCCACAAUGGCUGGAUUGAUGUAACCUGGGACUCUGGCGGCUCUAACUCGUACCGAAUGGGCGCGGAGGGAAAGUUCGAUCUCAAACUUGCGCCGUCCUUCGACCCAGAGUCUCCGCACAACACCAAACCUGUGUCCUGCGUUCACGUUUCAGGCCCGUCCUCCACCUCCACCUGCCCCCAGCAUCAGCAGCAGCAGCAGCAGUGGAGCAGCCUCGUCAAAAACAACUGUCCGGACAAAUCCAGCACCACGUCGUCUUCCUGCGUGGUGGGCGGGACAUCCUCUCACAGCAGGAAGGGCAGCAGCAGCUCGGUGUGCAGUGUGGCCUCCUCCUCGGACCUGUCCUCCUCGGCUCUUGGGGGACUCCUUCCUGGGGCCACCAUCGGCAGCUUGCGUUUGGACUCUAGGCGCAACGAGGGACUUCUACUGGACCAGAGCGUGCUGGGAGGCGGGGUGAAUGUAUGUGACGGACAGCAGCAGGAGCCAAUUGUGGUGCUUUCGUCCGCGGUUGACGCUAGCUCGGCGAAUGAAGCCGCGGCUAACGCAGAGGCCGCGGUGUCUAUGGGGCUGGUGAGCGUCAGUUCUCCCGACGUGAGCUCUGAGGCCUCCAGCAAAGACACACCCACGCCGCGGCCACUGUGCUCUGCGGCUAACGCUAGGCUGUCGGUAAGCUCGCUGCUAGCAGCCGGCGCACCUAUGAGCUCCAGCGCCAGUGUCCCCAACCUGUCGUCCAGAGAAGCCAGCCUCAUGGAGUCCUUCGUGAGGAGAGCCCCCAACAUGUCACGCACCAACGCCACCAACAACAUGAACCUGAGCCGCAGCAGCAGCGACAACAACACCAAUACACUGGGACGGACGGUCAUGAGCACGGCCACGUCUCCUCUGAUGGGCGCUCAGAGCUUCCCAAACCUCACCACCACCGGCACCACCUCCGUCACUAUGUCCACCUCAAUCGUCACCUCCUCUAACAACGUAGCCACAGCGACCACCGGCCUCUCCGUGGGACAGCUGCUGAGUAACACCCUGACCACGAGUCUGACCUCCACCAGCAGCGAGAGCGACACGGGCCAGGAGGCAGAGUUCAGCCUCUACGAUUUCCUGGACAGUUGCAGAGCUAACACCCUAUUGGCCGAGCUCGAUGACGAGGAGGAUCUGCCCGAACCUGACGAUGAUGACGACGAGAACGAAGACGACAACCAGGACGAGCAGGAGUAUGAGGAGGUGCUGGAGGAGGAGGAGUACGAGACCAAAGGAGGCCGCAGACGGACGUGGGACGACGACUUUGUUUUGAAGCGUCAGUUCUCUGCUCUAGUUCCGGCGUUCGACCCGCGACCCGGAAGAACAAAUGUACAGCAGACUACAGACCUGGAGAUCCCCCCUCCAGGAACGCCGCGGUCUGAAGUCCAGGAGGAGGUGGAGUGCGCUCCGUCACCGCGUCUCUCCCUCACGCUCAAAGUGGCCGGUCUGGGCACGACUCGGGAAGUCGAGCUGCCUCUGUCAAACUACAAAUCCACAAUCUUCUUUUACGUCCAGCGGCUGCUCCAGCUCUCCUGCAGCGGAGCAGUGAAGACCGACAAGCUGCGGAGGAUCUGGGAACCCACUUACACGAUAAUGUACAGAGAGCUGAAGGACUGGGACAAAGAGAAGGAGAGCUGCAAAAUGGACUUCUGUGAGCAGAGCCGCUCUGGGGGCCUGUCUCCCUCCAUCCCUCACCCACACAGCUGUGAGAUCCUGGGGGGAGCGCGGGAGAUGGCCCAGGCUAAAGCUGGCAGCACCCAGAACGCAUGUGGAGUGGAGGACGUGCUACAGCUGCUGCGGAUCCUCUAUAUCAUCGGAGGAGACGCCGCCAUCAACACCAGGACAUUACAGGAAGACGUGGAGGAGCUGCAGUUCAACGCGUCUCCAGAAGAAUUCACCAGUAAAAAAGUCACCACCAAAAUACUGCAGCAGAUCGAAGAGCCGUUAGCGUUAGCCAGCGGGGCGCUCCCAGAAUGGUGCGAGCAGCUCACCUCCAAGUGUCCUUUCCUGAUCCCCUUUGAGACGCGGCAGCUGUACUUCACCUGCACGGCCUUCGGAGCCUCCCGGGCAAUUGUGUGGCUGCAGAAUCGUCGCGAGGCCACGAUGGAGCGGUCGCGUCCUUCCACAGCAGUGCGCAGAGACGAUCCAGGGGAGUUCCGGGUGGGACGCCUCAAACACGAGCGCGUCAAAGUGCCCCGCGGAGAUUCCAUGAUGCAGUGGGCGGAGUCUGUAAUGGGCGUGCACGCAGAGAGGAAGUCUGUGCUGGAGGUGGAGUUCCUGGGGGAGGAGGGUACUGGUCUUGGUCCUACUCUGGAGUUCUAUGCUCUGGUGGCAGCUGAGUUCCAGAGGACGUCUCUGGGGAUCUGGCUCUGUGACGACGACUUCCCCGACGACGAGUCCAGACAGGUGGACCUAGGUGGAGGUCUGAAGCCUCCUGGGUUCUAUGUGCAACGCUCGUGUGGCCUGUUCCCAGCUCCGUUCCCUCAGGACAGUGAAGAGCUAGACCGUGUCACGCAGCUCUUCCACUUCCUCGGAGUAUUUUUGGCCAAAUGUGUCCAGGACAGCCGCCUAGUGGACCUGCCACUGUCCAGACCCUUCUUCAAGCUGCUGUGUAUGGGAGACAUCAAAUCCAACAUGAGUAAGCUGCUGUACGACUCUCCCAGUGUGGACCGCGCUCUGAACCUUGAGGCUGGGACUGAGGACCAGGACUCUCUGUUCGACGAAGACUCAAAGUCAGAGUUCAUCCUGGACCCUCCCAAACCCAAACCCCCGGCCUGGUACCACGGCCUGCUCACCGCGGACGACUUCCAGCACGUCAACCCCCACAGAGCGAGUUUCCUGAAGGAGAUGAAGGACCUGUCUGUGAAGCGCCGUCAGAUCCUCAGCAGUAAGUCUCUGUCUGAGGAUGAGAAGAACACCAGGCUGCAGGACCUCAUGUUGAAGAACCCUCUGGGCUCUGGGCCUCCUCUCAGUGUUGAGGAUCUAGGGUUGAAUUUCCAGUUCUGUCCGUCCUCCAAAGUUCACGGCUUCUCAGCAGUGGAUCUCAAGACGAACGGGGACGAUGAGAUGGUGACGAUGGAGAACGCAGAGGAGUACGUGGAGCUGAUGUUUGACUUCUGCAUGCACUCGGGGAUCCAGAGGCAGAUGGAGGCUUUCAGAGAGGGCUUUAACCGUGUGUUCCCCAUGGAGAAGCUCAGCUCCUUCAGCCACAAAGAAGUUCAGAUGAUUCUGUGCGGAAACCAGUCUCCGUCCUGGACCAACGAAGACAUCAUCAACUAUACAGAGCCCAAGCUGGGAUACACCAGAGACAGCCCUGGCUUCCAGCGGUUCGUCAGAGUCCUCUGUGGGAUGAACUCAGAUGAGAGGAAAGCGUUCCUUCAGUUCACAACCGGCUGCUCCACACUGCCCCCUGGAGGCCUGGCUAACCUGCACCCCCGCCUCACCAUCGUCAGGAAGGUGGACGCCUCGGACCACAGCUAUCCCUCGGUGAACACCUGUGUGCAUUACCUGAAGCUGCCAGAGUAUUCCUCAGAGGACAUCAUGCGAGAGCGCCUGCUAGCGGCCACCAUGGAGAAGGGCUUCCACCUGAACUAG